CAGAAGUCACGUGUGAGUAGCAAUCAGAGCCCCGGUUCCGAGAUGGCCGACCGAUGUGUGAUAUCAAUCUUCUAUCGAAGGCCAAUGCCUUGGGAAUACCCUUAUUCAUGUCUUAACGGUGUGACAAUGUUUCUUUCAAGAUUGUUAUGAUAUGGAAUUCUUACAACAGGCGCCCCCGUCUGUGCAGGACCUCUUGCGCGCUGGAGAGCCGUUCAUCCCGUUUUCCGAGUAUUCUGUUCAGGACAUCACUCAUCUGUCAGAAGAUGAAACCACAAAAUGGGUGGAGACAAAACUCCGCGAUGGGAAGCCAUUUGUCAUACGAGGCUUUUCUCGAUUGAAAGAAUGGGACAGGUCGGUUCUGAACAAUGAGAGACUAGGCAGCCUCUCUUCCUCAGCAGCGAUACCAGUAAGAAACUGCCACACUGGGCGAGAUGCGAAAAUGCGGCUCCAAGAUCUCCUUUCGCAGACAGAAUAUGCUCGUACCGGCAAUGUCCGAGAGUUUUUGUACGCAAAAGACCUCCAGUGCCCACAGGAAUGGAUCAAGGCAUUAGAUGCAUUUCUUCCUUCAGCCAUGAGACAUCUUGGGUCUCUUGACUUAUUCCGGACGUUGCCAAAGGAGAUAGCUCCGGAGGUGCUGAUGGCGUAUGUUGGGACUCGGAAAUCUUCUUCAGGAUUUCACAGAUGUUUUAGCGGAACAGUUGCGCUGAAUCUAUUAGUUGAAUCAGAAGGUGCUGGCCCUGGGUCCAUCUGCUUUGGCACCGAUAAACACUCACAGGCCGUAUACGAUACAUAUAUGGAGAGAUUGGGAAAGUCUCCCCAUACCGAUUGGUCCGACGUUUCUACUACCCAGCUCAAGUCCGCCAAUUUUCCUAUAUACAUUACCCAUCAGCAACCUGGAGACUUGGUAAUAUUUCCUUCAGCUACUGCCCAUCAAAUUUGGAAUAUCAGCCCGAUGGUUACAAAGGUAGUCUGGAAUGUUAUGCAUAGCUCUUCGCUUGUCUCUUUCUUCGACUACAUCCAGCCAUUCUACCAGCGAUACUGCCAUGCAGACACUGGCCGAGUCCCUCUAAUCCCGUUACAUGCCUUGAUCCGAGGGUCUCUAGGAACUGAGGACGAAGCUCUUCUCCUGGACGUCUUUCUAAAAUUGCUGGAUGAUGAAGCUAUUGAGACUGACUCGGUCCCUCCAAUGAAGACCGUGGAUACCCAGGGGGCCGUGGUAGAAUGUAAUUUCUGCGGCUUGACAAUAUGGAAUCGGCAUCUGCACUGCGAGCAGUGCGGCGACUUUGACUUAUGUCUGACGUGCUUUAUCUCUGGACGCAGCUGCAAACACGUUGCUGACUAUACAUGGGCCGAACUCAUUCCGCGCGCCUACUGCAUGGAGGUUAUUCAGUCGACUCGGAACAGACUGCAGUCUUAUGAUAAAUUAUGUGAUCAAGAAUGUGCCUCUAAUUCUACCUUUUCCAGGCAAAAGUCUCUGGGCGCCUUGGCUGCUGCCGCGGCAGAUGCACGGAAAGAACCGAUGAUGGAGCGACUCUGUCACUUGUGCCGUGAUAGUCAUCCUGCCUGGAAAGGGGUGGCAUGUACCCAAUGCUCCGCAUUCUUUUGCUUCCGGGGCCUCCAUCGACACUUUGACGUGGAUUUGAUACCCUUUCUGAGGAACACAGAUCCAUGGGUAUGUCCAAAGUGCUCCCAUUUCUGCAAUUGCCGAUGCUGCCACUUCCCUCUUCCUUACUCUAGCAAAGACAAGCCUGUGCGGUCUCGGAUUAAGUCGAUUGAUCCUCGCGGUCGAAUCAUGGGGUUCACCGACAACGUAUUCGAUCAAAAACGAGGCAAAAGAGCUAGUAUGGCUACUCAUAGCGCAUCCCUCCCGCCUGAAGUGCCUUCCCGGGUACAUAAACGACCGAGAACCCAGGUUAGUGAUGAAGAGGUGGAACUACCACGACAGCAGGAAGACUAUAGUACUUUCACAAAUCGUGGUAUGAUACAGUCGCAAAGUACAGAGGAUACUAUACACUCAAACGCUCGUCCCUAUGUCAUGUCCUCACGGAGUAUAGGCCCAAAAGGGCAGCUCCGUAUCAGUGAUCUCGUUGAGGAACAUAGCCCUGCUGAAGCUGAGCCUUCCUUUCAGGCUCCCUUUAGGCAUGCAUCUCCUCUACUUUCCCUGACGCCAGGAGAUGGCGCAUUCCGACGGCCGACCAAUGAGCCGAGUGUUCCAGCCACUACAGAUGAAGCCAGUAUCUCUUUUCUUGAAAGGAAAUUGGAAGAGCUCCGUCGAUAUGCCGAUGAACUUCUGGAUCUUUCCCUGGUGGACUCACAUGCGAAGGUUCAGGAGAAAAUCAGUCAGUUGCAGGGUCAGAUCGAAGAGCGCAAGCGACGGAAAGCGGAGGCGCUGUUCGACAGCCUCGAUCGGGAUUUCCCAGAACUUGCCACCGUUGCGAGAGAGGAAGCGCGAAGACGAGGAUUGUAAAUCGGGAUCUAGCU